AUGAUUCCCCGAAAACAAGUAGCGAUUUUUAAUAUUCCUGCUAAUGCUAAAUGGGCACAGAACGGAGUGACUGUUGCUGGAGGCAAUGGGAGAUGGGAUGCUACUAAUCAACUCGACCACCCUCUUGGCCUCUUCGUUGAUGAUGAGCAAACAGUGGUUAUUGCUGACUACUACAAUCAUCGUAUCAUCCAAUGGAAGAACGGUGAUACAACGAAUGGACAAGUUUUUGCUGGUGGCAAAGGCCAAGGAAAUGGAUUGCAUCAAUUGAAUGCUCCCAGUGAUGUAUUAAUUGACAAAGAUACAGAUAGUCUCAUUAUCUGCGACCGAGACAAUCGACGAGUUGUACGAUGGUCUCGUCGUAGUGGCACAACAAAAGGAGAAGUUCUCAUCGACAACAUUGAAUGUUAUGGAUUAGCUAUGGAUGAGCAGAGAUAUCUCUAUGUAUCUGACUACAUAAAAGAUGAAGUAAGACGAUAUCAAUUGGGUGAGAAGAAUGGCAGCCUCGUAGCUGGUGGAAAUGGAUAUGGUAAGGAUCUCAAUCAACUCAACUUUCCGACAUAUCUCUUUGUUGAUCGACAACAGAAUGUCUACGUGUCAGACUACGGCAAUCAUCGUGUAAUGAAGUGGACUAAAGGUGCAAAAGAAGGUAUUGUGAUCGGUGGAGGUCAAGGGCGAGGAAAUACUCUGACACAAUUAAAUGGUCCUAGUGGACUCUUCGUUGAUACGUUGGGUACACUCUAUGUAGCAGACCGGGUGAAUAAUCGUGUAAUGCGUUGGACUCAAGGAGACAAGACGCAAGGCACUGUAAUUGUGGGUGGAAAUGGUCGAGGGGCAGGAGCAAAUCAGUUCAGAAGCCCCGUUGGUUUGUCUUUCGAUCGACAUGGUAAUCUCUAUGUCGUCGAUUGGGAUAAUGAUCGUGUUCAACGAUUUUCUAUCGAAUAA